CAUUUUGGCCGCGCAGGUGGAGACUCGACGAGAACUAGCGGAGUAGCGGAGUGGAGUCAGCAGAACUGUGAGGGCCGAAUCGGCUCACCGCACUUUCUCCCUUUCUUCCUCCGCCCGCAGAAGCCGGGGGCUCUCAUGGCGGGCUUGGAGGUACUGUUCGCGUCGGCGGCGCCGGCCAUCACCUGCGCGCAGGACGCGCUCGUCUGCUUCCUGCACUGGGAGGUGGUCACGCAUGGCUACUACGGCUUGGGUGCCGGCGACCAGCCGGGUCCCAAUGAUAAGAAAUCAGAACUGCUGCCAGCGGAAUGGAACAACAAUAAAGACCUGUAUGUCCUCCGGUAUGAGUCAAAGGAUGGGUCCAGAAAGCUCCUUGUGAAGGCUGUCACUGUGGAGAACAGCAUGAUCAUCAAUGUGCUGGAACAUGGCUCACAGCAAGUGUCAGACUUGACCCUGAACUUGAAUGAUUAUAUCGAUUCAGAACACCUGGUUGACUUCCACAGGGUCUACAAGAAGAGUGAGGAACUUCGGUCUCGUCUUGUGUCUGGGAUUAUCACACCUAUCCAUGAGCAUUGGGUCAAGGCUAGCGAAAGUCCCCACCAGGAUUUUCCCCCUGCCACUGCCAGAGAGGUGGACCCACUCCGGAUUCACCCACACCACCCACAUACCAGCCGGCAGCCUCCCUGGUGUGAUCCCCUGGGCCCGUUUGCUGUCGGGGGAGAGGACCUAGACCCCUUUGGGUAUCGGAGAGGUGGCAUGAUCGUGGAUCCCCUGAGAUCCGGCUUCCCAAGAGCACUUAUUGACCCAUCAUCGGGCCUCCCAAACCGGCUUCCUCCAGGCGCUGUGCCCCCAGGAGCACGCUUUGACCCCUUUGGACCCAUUGGGACCAGCCCAUCUGGACCUAACCCAGACCAUCUCCGCCCGCCGGGCUAUGAUGACAUGUACCUGUGAAGGCCUCAAGAAUGUAACAUACCAUCCUUCCCUCUACUCUCCUGGAGCUGCCACUGCUGGCCCCAUCAGCAACCGUUUUCUUGUGGGCUGGGGGCAAGGGACUCUGCCCAUGUGUUUGCAGGCUGGCUGGGAUUGCCUCCCCUGCCCUGCCAGGGCCAAGGUACCUGCUGUAGCUGUCCACCUGCCUGCAUAUAGGUUCCAAAGAGAAAUCAGUGUCUCUCACCACCAGCUCCUCCCCACUUCCUAGGGAAGACUCCGGCAACAUAUACCCUCGACCUGAUGCAGUCCCAGUUGCAGCACUGUAAGAACAGAACACAUUUUGGAUGUUAUUAUUAAGAACCAAAUGUCAAUACAAAAAUCA